AUGGAGCACAUUAUUAAUGUUACAGAGGUUCAAAAAACCCAAGUUGUAUCAAACCAUCACAUCGAGCCAAGUACGCAGGACAAGAUUGGCUCCCCGGUGGUCUCCCAACUCAGAGAUGACUACUCUUUGCUCCCAUCAAAUACUCCAGACGAACGCCUGCCAUCGCGUAGACAGGAACUUCAGUCUUUGCCUGUUGACGUGCGGAAAUUUGCCAACCCUGCUCCCCUAGGUCUAUGUGCAUUUGCCCUCACUUCGUUCCUCUCAAAUUGCAUCAACCUCAAUGUGGGAGGUAUACAGGCGUCAGGUGUCAGUGUUUCUCUUGCUUUAAAUUAUGGUGGCAUAGCGCAAGUGCUGGCUGGAAUGUGGUAUGUUCUAUCCAUCCUGGGUAUUAGAGAUUCCCUUGAAACUGUGUUAUCUAGGGCUAAUGAGAGCAGGGAAAUGGCAAUCGGAAAUACUUUUGGCGCGACUUCCUUCUGUUCAUACGGCGCUUAUUGGAUCACUUUUUCUCUGAUCUCAACUUUCGAUACUGCCGAUGCUACGAAGGAUAUAGUAGAUCCAGUCUGUCAUAACGAGACCUUGAUGGGCCUGUUCAUGCUGGCAUGGUUCAUUUUCACUACACUGAUGCUAUUAUGCACGCUCAGAUCUAGUCUUGCGAUGUUCUCUCUGUUCUUUUUCCUAGACAUGAACUACCUCCUACUCGGCAUUGCACACAUUCAAUGCAGCUCUUAUGGCGAGAUUAUCAUUACAGUUCAGAAGGCAGGCGGUGUUUUUGGCCUUUUAGCUGCGUUUUCGGCUUGGUAUAAUGCCUUCGCUGGUAUUUGUAAUACUAGCAAUAGUUUCUUCACUGUUCCCCUUGGUCACUUUCCUUGGUCCCCGGCUGCCCAUCCUCAUCGGGCUAAGGCUAAAGAGGUCUGA